AUGAUCCGCGACCGGGCGCGCCCGGACGACACCGUGCGCGAGCUGACCGCGAACCUACACGACUUGGAGCGCCACCGCUGGGCGCAAGAGGCAGAGAUCCGCCGUCUGCAGGCCGAAGCCAGGGACCUUCAGCAGAGUGCCCAGGGUCAAGGUCUGCAGCUGAUCCAAGGCCUCCGGAAUCAGAUAGCCCAGCAAGCCGCCGAGAUCCAGGCCCACCUCGCGACUGCUAGUGCCGAUCGUGAUCGACUGGACUACCAGCUCGAUAUCGCCACGGCGGACAUUUCGGACCUCCGAUCGCAAGUUUCCGAGCAAGAGCGCGAGCUGGACGAGGUGAUCCACGAGCUGGACCUUACACGCGGUAGCCUCGAUCGGGUCCAGACUGCCCUUCGGAUGGCCGAAACAGCCGCGGCCACUCCGGCCACUCCGGCCGCUCCGGCCGCUCCAACCCCGACGCCCCCCACUGGACCCACGCCCGACGUCGAUCGACUGAAAGGUUGCCCUCCGCCAGAUACCGCGAGAGACCAAGCCACCGCUGCCGUGGAAGACGUCGAUCAAGCUCAUCAGGACCGCGACGUUGCGCUCCGAGAGAACGCCGAUCUCCGAUCGUGUCUCGAAAACGCGCAACAAGCGAUCCGUGCCCAAGACGCCCAAUUCAUCGACGUCCAGGACGCCUACGCUAUGUUGCGGCGCGCCAGCGAUCGAUCCAACGAGGAUCUCGAGAAUGUCGACGACGCCUUAUCUCGCGUGGUUCGGUGGAUUGGACUUCGCCAGUGCGCGCCGACCAUGCCUGUCCGUCGCAGCCGCAGUCGCUCUGGAUCUCCGGACUCCGUCGGGCACAUCCACAAACGUGCCCGAUCGGCGCCUCCACCACGCAGUCGGUCUACGAGUCGAUCGCCCGCUCGGUCUCCCUCGCCUUCCUUUUCGUUACCCGGCCAUGACGAUGAACUCCCCGCUGGGGGCCAGCCCGCCGAAGAUCAACCCGCAAAGAAGGUGCCUACUGCGGAUCAACCGCCUUCCGAUCUGAACGAUCAAGAGGGAUCGGACCAAGAAGAGUCAGGUUCGCCCCCUCGAUUUACGCAGGAAGACCGGUCGGAAGAGGACGAGUCGUCUCCGGCCCGAUCCGCGACCGACGAGGAAAAUUUCGAAUCGGAGUGGCCCGAUCAAGAGCCGACGAAUAAGAAGACGAGUCGGAGGGCUCGAUCCCGAUCGGAGGCUCGCCGCCGUCAAUCUGCCUCGCCGGCCCGUACCCACACUUCGCCGGCUCGCUCGCAAUCGCGAUCGCCCUCCGUCGUGUCAAUUCACUCCCAAUCUGGAUCGGCUCGCUCCCAAUCGUCCCACGGAACGCAUCAGUCCCGUCAUGGCUCACCUGGACCGACGUCUCCGGAAUCCCCGCCUGGUUCCCCACCUGGAUCGCCGCCGCCCGGUUCUCCGCCUGGAUCGCCGGGGCGUCGUCGUCUGGUCCCGCCGUUGUUCCCGAUCGGUACCAUGAUCCCGGGUUUCAACGCCCCCAGGGCGCUUGCUCAGACUGAUACAGACCCCUGGCCUUCGAUCCUGCUGGGACAGCUACAGAUCACCGGCAUGAUCCUGUCGACGCUGACCCAUUAUCUCAUCCUACCCGGGGGCUGGCUCUUCCCGCUCGUCGUUCGGGGCAUUGCACAGCCUGCGGCCGGGGUUGGCUAUCGAGACGACCUGAUCACCGGACCUAACAUCACCGCGCUGAUGGCCGAUCGCCCUUGGCAGGCGCUGCAGAACUCGGCCGAUCCGUUGACGUUCGAUCUGGCACUCCAUCGAGGCGCCGGAACCCGAUUGGGUCGGAUCGCCACUGCCUAUCUUCAGUUCGAUGAGCAGAAUCGCCAGGCCUUCUGGGAAACAACUUAUUAUCUCCCGAUCACGGCCGCCCAGCGUCGGGAUCAGAUCGUCGAGCGAUACCAUCGCGAUCGUCGUGCCCGACGGAUCCGCCUCGAUGAUCGGUGGCGCCGACUCCUCGUCGAUAUGCUGCCGAUGAUGCGAGAGAUGUGGGCGGACGUCGAUCUGUUGCUGGACCCAUUCUUCCUGCAGAUCCCGGUGCGACAGCGGGACGCUGUGACCUGGUAUCCUGGCGUGGUAUCUCGCGCUGCGAACGUCGUCAACCCCACCCAACACCAAGGCGAACCGACUGACCUCCGUACGGCGCUGAUCGAGGCCGACACCCAUGAUCCCUGGCGGAACCAGUACCGCGCCCACCCCCAGGACCAUCCAGCCCAGCGGAUCCCGCGUCUCCGCAACAAGUUCAACCCCAACGUCGGCGCCCAACACCAGCCGUGA